GUUGCAUGUUUUGAAGGGAGGGACACUUUCAAACUCAAAAGUCCAAUGAAAGAGAUGCGUCGUUUUCCAUAUGAGGGAUAAACUCCAAAUCAACUAACCACUCAUUCCGCCAUCAAAGCACCUCAAAUCCCCAAACCCACGUCCACCGGAGACAUGAACAGCCUACUCCAAAAUUCCGAGACCCAACCCACCGCGCCCGCCGAAACAAGAACACGAAUCUCCGAAUGGGUUACACAAACCGUCGACGGAUCCACCGUCCACGGCGUCGAAAACGAGCUUCUAGUUCUACAGAAAAUGCUCGACAUACCACCUAUCAGCGGCGGCGGAAACGGCUUCAGAGCAAUCGGAAUCAUCGGAGUACGAGGUAUCGGAAAGUCAACAAUUUCUCGAGCCUUUCUCCAAAACCCAGAAGUAAAAUCCAAGUUCCUCCCCAGAAUUUGGAUCUCAAUGUCGGAAAAUUUCACAGAAGACGCCGAUCCCAAAAUCGCUCUUCUGAAGAGAAUCCUAAUCUCUCUCGGAGUUGACACGAAGUUUCCCGGUGGCGAAACACUCGGCAGCCUCCUCUACGCUCUCCGACUUCAACUGAGAGGGAAACGGUAUCUGAUUGUACUGGAUGAUGUUCAAGAGUUUAAAACAGAGGAAGAACAGAAUGAUUGGUACUGGGAUUUGAAUUCUUGUGAGAAAAAUGGGGAGAAAUUAAGAGAUGGGUUUCCGAAAGGGAAUGGAGGAGCUGUGAUUUUGACGAGUAGAAGUGAGAAAGCUGCAAAAGCUAUGGUAGGAGAGGGAAAUUUGAGGUGUUUGGUUCCUCAUAAAGACCCAGAAAGUUUCUGGGAAAUUUUCCGGCAAGAAGUUGUGAAAGAUGGAAUUUCGAUCCCUGAUGAAAUCCUGAACUUCAAGGAAUUGAAAGUGAAAUUGCUGAAGAAAUGUGGUGGACUUCCGUUGAUCGCUAAGAUGAUGGGAGAGAUUCAAUUCAAAAAAGAACUAGAAAAGAAGAAAAAUACAGAACAACAACGACGAGAAGAAGAAGAUCGAUGAUUAAAAUUAGCAAUCAAUUUCUUUUAUAUCUUUGUUGAACUAAAAUUUUUCAUGUUUGUAUGUUUCUUAAACUACCACUUUCCCUCUGUUGUUGUUAGUUUGAUUAAAGAUUUCUUAACCAAAUGAUAAUUUGUUGUUAAUGAAUCAUAAAUCUUAAAUAAU